AUGGCCGACCGAGAGAUGAAACUUCGACAGGUUCUCGAUAAAAAGAUCGAGGAUGUUUGCAUGAAGCUCGACGUGCCACGAACUGCAGUGCACUUCAUUGAGAAUUAUCAUAGCGGCGUAAUUGGCCUGGAGCAGGAGGUGCGCAAUAUCUCUGUGGACUUCCAUGCCCUCAAGAUUCUUUCCCAGUGUUGCAGCCAUGCGGAUGCUUUUAUCGCGCAGGCUCUGCGCGACAUCAGGGCCCCAGCAUGUGCGAUUCAAUGA